AUGGCUGGAAAGGUCUGUGCCUGUCAAGUGCGAGCUACAGGAAAAAUGUACGCCUGUAAGAAGCUAGCAAAGAAAAGAAUAAAGAGGAGGAAAGGUGAAGCAAUGGCUCUAAAUGAGAAGAGGAUGCUGGAAAAAGUGAAUAGCAGAUUUGUAGUUAGUUUGUCUUAUACUUAUGAGACCAAAGACUCCUUGUACUUGGUGCUGACCAUUAUGAAUGGAGGGGACUUAAAGUAUCACAUUUACAACCUGGGCAGCCCUGGCUUUGAUGAGCAGAGAGCGAUCUUCUAUGCGGCCGAACUGUGCUGUGGCUUGGAGGACUUACAGAAAGAAAGAAUUGUGUACAGAGACUUAAAGCCUGAGAAUAUCCUCCUCGAUGACAUUGGGCACAUCCGGAUCUCAGACCUGGGUUUAGCCGUGGAGGUCCCGGAGGGCCGGACCGUCCGAGGAAGAGUGGGGACCGUCGGCUACAUGGCUCCUGAAGUUAUCAAUAAUGAAAACUAUACAUUUAGUCCUGAUUGGUGGGGACUUGGCUGCCUGAUAUAUGAAAUGAUUCAGGGACAUUCUCCAUUCAAAAAGUUCAAAGAGAAGGUCAAGCGACAGGAAGUCGAGCGCAGAGUGAAGAAGGACACAGAGGAGUACUCCAGGAAGUUUUCCGAGGACGCCAAGUCCGUCUGCAGAAUGUUACUCACCAAGAAUCCCAGACAACGGCUGGGCUUCAGCGGUGCAGCAGCGGAAGUGAAGGGACACCCCGUGUUCAAGGACAUUAACUUUAAGAAGCUGGCAGCAAAUAUGUUGGAUCCCCCUUUCUGUCCUGAUCCGAAGGCAGUGUAUUGUAAGGAUGUCGUGGAUAUCGACCAGUUCUCCACGGUGAGGGGAGUCUACCUGGACACCACAGAUGAUACUUUCUACAGCCAAUUUGCCACAGGCUCUGUCUCCAUCCCCUGGCAGAACGAGAUGAUCGAAUCGGGUUGUUUUAAGGACAUCAACGAAAGUGACACUGGAGAAUAUGUGGCACUGGAUCUACAAGAGACACUGUGCCACCCAGUUCCCAAACCAAAGAGAGGCUUCUUCUAUAGACUCCUCAGAAGAGGGGGCUGCAUUAACGGUGUCCCCAGCGACAAGGAAGAGCUGCCCUCAAUGGUGUGACCACUCACUGCAGAGCCGGGCCCCAGCGCCCAGGAGCACGAGCGCGGUGUUUGACCCCAUCUGUG